UCUUUUAAGUUUGUUUGGGGUUUUUUGCAGGCUAUAAUUAGAGUUCGAUUCCCAGAUAAUCACACAUUGGAGACUACAUUCCACCCAUCGGAAACAGUCCAGAGUUUAAUUGAUGUCCUGACUAAAGUUAUUGUGCUGCCAGAGCAGCCAUUCUAUAUAUAUACUACUCCGCCUAAAAAGAUUAUGAAAGACAUGUCUCAGAAUUUUUAUGAUGCUGGCUUUUGUCCUGGUGCCAUUGUCUACUUCUCAUACGAUGUCCCAAAAGGUAGCACUGGUCCUUACCUUCAAGAAGAUAUCUUGUCUUUGAAGGAACUGCAUGCUGCUAAUGAUCAAGGCCAACAAUCUGAGCCUUUAGUACAGUCAGAACCUGAACCUGCUGUGGCAACACAUCCUCCUCCUGUUGAACAACGAAAACCUGCUGAAAAAAAACUUGUUAAACCAAAGUGGUUAAAAAUGUGAUUUCAAUUUCUCUUAGAUUCAGUAAUCAUUGUUCAGAAUUCAACGUAUUAUGCAAAGUCCACAAGAAUACAUCAUAGUUAACUUCCUUUCCUUCCUUCUGCAUUUCGUGAAUUUGUAUAUAGUGUUUGAAAACAUUGGAUAAGUUUCUUAGUGAAUGCAAGCGUCUUAGAUGUAUGUGUUGUUUCAAAUUUCAACGUUACAUUAUACUUGUAGAAAUUUUCUUUGAUCCUGAUUUGGAGAAUGCAAGCAUCUUGCAAUGUUGUUUGCUUAUUAA